AUGAGUAAACGCAAACUCGAACCUCUAUCGGAACCAGAAGCGUGUUCAGCAACAACCGAUGAAAUUCCUUUACAAACACAACCGAUUCAUGAAGGUGGUUCUUACGAAUUAAAUCAUGGAAUGUUUGAGAAUAUAAUCGAAGGGUUGAAUACUCAAAAUGAAGAUGGUUUCACUACUAUUACCUCCGAUUCUGCUCAUCAGCAAUCGUCAUCAUUGGAGGAAAUUAAAACUCAACAGGAAAGCGAACAAAAUCAUCAAACACAGUUGGCUCAACAAGCAAUUCAUACACAAUUACCCGAUACUAAUAACACGACAAAUUUUGGAAAAACAAAAAAGAGAAAAAUUAAUCAUUCUUCAUCCAACAAGAAUUUCGGCAAGAAGAAUAACCUUCCAGAUUCUUCGAAUAAUUCUUUUAGUACAACCCUUGAAAGUACAAGCAAUGCUACCAACAAGAAUACGACAAGUGGGAAAAUAUUCGGAAAUUAUAAAAAUUAUUAUUCAUACAGAUAUAAUGAUGAAAAUUUGAGAGGGUCCUCUUCCUCGCCCACUUCUACUAUUAUGACGACAACAGAUUCUAAAAGAAAACAAUGUGAACUCUCUCAUAUUGAUCCACGACUAGAAAUUAUCGCACAAGCUCUAUCCACACACUUUAAACAGUGUGACGAGACAACUACUUCUUUCGAGCUUUCAUGCUUAGAUAUUGGCUGUAAUCAAGGAUUAUUUACCAUUCAAAUGGCAGAUUUGAUCGAUGGGUCAUUAUCUGGACGUGUGGAUAACGGAAAAUCAAUCACCCUCAAAUCACUGGAUGCCAUUGAUAUUGAUGCAGAAUUAAUUCGUCACGCAAAGAAUCAUUUGGAAGCUCUCAAAAAAUUUAACACAAUUGAGGAUACGGAAUCUAAACAAGAUGAUCACCUAGGAAUGAGUGUACAAACCUAUGUUGCCAUGGAACGACUUGAAGCAUCGGAAAAGGAAGAAAAACUUUUCAUUUGGGAAAAUAAUAGAAAGCUACUAAAAACCAAAGGAGAAAAUGGACAAAAUAUUGUAUUGUGCAAGAAAUCAUACAUGUUGCCACUUAUUGACAAGAUUCACUUUAAAACUCAAAAUUUUGUGGAGGAAAUUGCCCCUCUCGUAUCAAAUUUAGAGUCUCUAGGAAAGGCACGAGAAAACAAAUUCGAGACACUCCUAAACACAUCUCUUGAAAAAACAUCAAACAAGAGACCAUACGAUAUCAUUACUUGUUUGAGUGUCACUAAAUGGAUACAUUUGAAUUACGGGGAUGACUCCAUCAAAUUUUUGUUUCACAAAGUUUUCCGCCUAUUGAAAAGCAACGGAGGAAUAUUUGUAUUAGAACCGCAAACGUGGAAGAGCUAUGCCAAGAAGAGAGACCUCACACCAACGUUUCAAGAACAAUUCAAGAAUAUCAAAUUUAGGCCAACUGCGUUUCAUGAAUACUUGAUGAAGCAAGUUGGUUUCUCGCGAUGUGAAACAAUCUUUAUCGAGAAAUCAGAGAAGGAAAACACGACCUCUGAAAAAAGCAAAAAGAAAGGCUUCAAAAAGAGACCCAUUUGUUUUUAUUUCAAAUAG